GGAACAAAAAAUAUUGAGACUAUUGUUGGUGACCUUUCUGUCAAUGAAGAAAAUAAAUAUUUUAGAUGGCAGUUGGUACAGUCCUUAGAAAAUGGUACACGGUAUAAACUCAUUCCGAAAAAUAACAAUGAAAUGUAUGUAAGCUAUAUAAAGAAUGAUGGUACACAAGUUAAAGUUCCAUUAGACAACAACUGCUACUUAAACUUAUAUGGAGACGAACAAAAGAAAUAUUUAAGAGUUUAUGAAAUGGCAGAUAUGACAUUGCCUGACCCAGCUCCAGCACCAUAUUAUUAUGACUAUGGAGAUGACGUUAGAACACCACAUGUAGAUGAACAAAAGCUAACAUUAUAUUUAGAUUUUUAUAGAUAUAAAAGAUAUAAUGCAAUAGAAAAAACGAGAAUAGUAUACUAUUAUGAAGAUGACAGAAAUAAAUAUUAUAGUCAAGACUUUACCUACCCUGAAAACAUAAGAUUAUAUUAUAAAAAAUAUUCUAACACAAACCAGAAGAAACCUGAAAUAGUUGCACUAUAUUUUAAGUUCAAAAGAGACAAUCCUAUAAUAUCUCAUAUGUUUGAUUUAAUGAACCCAGUAGGUUCUAUUUAUACAUCUAUGGAAGCAAGAGGUCCUCAAGUAAUGUUUGGUGUUGGUGCAUGGGAACAAAUAGUCGACAGGUUUUUGUAUUGUGCAAACUCUUCAAAGGAAACAGGUGGAAGUAAAACGAUUUCAGGUGAAAACUUACCUGCACACAGUCACUACAUAGAUUUAAGUACAUCUCAAGCAGGUUGGCAUAGGCAUAGAUAUUGGGAUUGGUCAGGAAUGACAAAAGGUAAAGGAUAUGAUGUUAAAGACGACGUUAAGUUUGCUAUAAAUUGUUACUGGGAUGACACUCAGGGAGAAGGAAACCAUACACAUUUCGUUUCAGGAUAUACACAAACAACGGGACAAAGUAAAGACUACAUGCCACCUUACAUGACAGUUUACGCAUGGUAUAGAAUUGCUUAG